GCCAGAGCUCUGCGGGCGUGGCCAGCACCCCUGAGGGGGGAGUUUGGGGUUUCUUUGAGGGUUUGACCCCGAAUUUUUGGGGUGUCUGAGGGGAAUUUUGGGGUUCGGAGCGUGGCCGAAGCCCCUGCGGGGCAUUUUGGGGCGGUUUUGGGGGAUUUUGGGGUUUUGGGGCGGGUUUUUGGGGCAGUGGGCGUGGCCCGAAGCGAAAGCGAAAGCGAUGGCGGGAGCGUGGCUGCUGCUGGCGGGUCUGUUCCAGAUUUGGGGAGGGGUCGCGGUUUUUGGGGAGCCCCCCCCGGACCUGCGCUGCCCCCUGCUGGCCCGGUGCGGCAGCCGCUCCCCCCGCGGGGCCCUGCUCCGCCUUUUGGGGGGUCCCGGGGCCCCCCCGCACCCCGAGACCCCCCCGCGACCCCCAGAACACCUUCGACGUCAUCGACGCCCUGGGGGUGCUGCAGGAUUUCUGGGGUCCCUCUUUGCCCCGCCCCGGUGCGAGCUGAGUCCACGGAGCCGCUGCUGCGCCGCCGCCCCCGGGGCCAUCCCCGCGCUGCCACCCGGGGCUGGGGACGCGCUGGUGGCUGCUGGCCCUGGGGACACCGGGCAGGGAGGGCACGGUGCUGCUGCAGGAGGUGACAGCGGCGGGCGACACGGCCAGGGUCAACGCCUCCCUGGCCAUCUCCACGCUGACGCCGACGCUGCGGGGCUCCUGGGGACGCCCCAGACCCUGCACUGCUCCUUCACCCCGCCCGCCCCGGGCGUGCCCUUCACCCUGGAGUGGCUGCGGCACCGCGACGGCGCCACCCGGCGCCUGCUGGCCUUCGACUCGGCCGCCAACCGCGUCACCGAGGCCGCGCCAGGGGUGCUGCUGCUGCUGGGGGGACUCGGGGACGCCGCCGGGACACCCCCGGGGACAGAGGGGACACAGCCGCCAGGGGGCGCUGUGCAGGUCUCUCUGCAGCUGCCGCCGCUCUCGGUGUCCGAUGACGGCUCCUUCGUCUGCUCCGUGGCCACGCCCCUCGGGCAGCUGCAGCAGGUGCUGCGCAUGAACGUGAUUGCCCCUCCCCAGGUGUCCCUGCUCCCCUCCGUGCUGUCCCCGGGUGUCCCAGCCCGGCUCCGCUGCGACGCCGUCGGGUUUUUCCCCCUGGACGUUGGGAUCCGCUGGGAGCGCCAGGCCCGGGGGGACCCGCGGCCACGCCCGGUGACACCCGAGGGUGCCACCACCGCCCUUGGGGACAGUGCCAGCACCACCCCUGGGGACAGGGCCAGCACCGCCCCUGGGGACAGCGGCGCGGGGCUGAGCUGGAGCUCGGGGCACCGGCGCGCCGCCAACGGCACCUUCAGCCGGAGCGCGGGGCUGAGCGUGGCCGCGGGGACAGCGGGGGACAGCUACAGCUGCCUGGUGACACACGUGGCGUGGGACGUGCCACUCAGGGUCACCGUGCACGUGGCAGGUGACACCGGGCCCAGCGUGGAGGACGUGGCGGGGAUGGCCUUGGUGGCCUUUGUCAUUGGGGGGCUCUGCCAGCGCCUGUGGCCCUCGGCGGGGAGGUGACACCCACGGCACCGAUGUCACCAAGUGUCCCCAAAUGUCAUUAAAUGUACCCAAAUGUCCCCUUCAUCUCUGUAUCCCUGUGUCCCCAAUGUCUUAAAUGUCCCCAAAAUGUCCCGAAAGUCCAAAAUGUCCCCAAAUAUCCCCAGUUCCUCAAAUGUCCCAAAUGUCCCCCAAAGCCCCAAAAUGUCCGCAAUCCCCCAAGUAUCCUAAAUGUCCCCAAUGUCACCAAAAUCCCCAACGUCCCCAAGUGUCCCCCAAUGUCCCCAAAUAUCCCCAAUGGCCCUAAAUGUCCCCCAAACGUCCCAAAUCCCCAAAUGUCCUCAAUAUCCCAAAUGUCCCCCCAAACGUCCCAAAAUGUCCCCAAAAUCCCCAAUGUUCCCAACCCCCCCAAUGUCCCCAAAUGUCCCCAAAUGUCUCCAAAAUAAACGGGGGGUGACAUCCCCCCCAUAGGGA